AUGCACAAAUUCAAUAAUUUGGAAUUACGGGAGGUAGCUAGUGGUACUACCUCGACGAAAAAAAUUAAUAGAUGUCGUUCAUUUCACUUUCGUUAUCUGGAAUUGUGUCGGGCCAAAAAUCUGACACCAGUACCGGAUAUAAAGGCAAAAAAUAAUGCGACAUCGGUAUUGGAUUUUUUCGGCGAUAAACUAGCAGUGAACGACUGGCUAUUGAUUGUUGAGGCGUUGUAUUAUGAUCAAGUGUUACAAAAUGUGGGCAUACGCAUGCGCAAAGCAUUCGGAAUGGUUUUAGAUCAUUUGGAUACUGAGAAAAAGGCGAAAUUAUUUCGCCAAAGACCGGUGAUCUACACGAAGUUUGUGUUUUCCGGCGUUGUGGAGGCGAUUUCAAAUUGCAUUGAAUUCAACAAGAAUUUGCGAAUACUAAAUCUCGAAGGUUUACCAUUAAGCGAUAAAUACGUGGAAUCAAUAGCGAAGGCCGUUUCGACAAACGAAAGCCUAAAGGAAAUAAGUUUUCAACGCUCAUAUAUUUAUGAUAAAGGAUGCGAAGCCAUAUGCAAUACGAUUAAAUAUUUAGAACAUGUUGAAAAAUUAAAUUUAUCUGAAUGUGAAUUGACUACGAAGGGUGCCGAAUGUGUAGCAGAUAUGAUUAAGAUACAAAAAAUAAGUCGUUAUACCGAGGGCUGGCAAAAAUCUUUGCGUUACCGGGAUGUGGAUCCCGACACUAUUCCUGGAUUACGUAACAUUGCAUUAUCGGGCAACACUCAAAUUGGAGAUGAUGGCCUUAAAUGUAUUGUGGAAGUUCUUAAAGAAGAUGUAUGGAUUAAAGUAAUCGAUAUGGAGCAAUGCGGGCUAACUGAUCGUGCGGCAAAUAUGAUUCUCGAUUGUUUGGAGAUUAACAAUUACAUAAUAGAUUUUAAUGUGCGUAACAAUAACGGAAUUAGUAAGUUCCUGCAGCGCAGCAUACGCGAUCAAUUGGGUAAAGACGACGAAGAUCAAAAGCUAAUGGAUGGCCAAACUGAAUUGGUCGCCGGUCCAAAUGGCGUAGUCGUAAAACGAGCGAAAGGCACACUGACAAAUCUUAAAGAGCAACUAAAAACACUCGAAGAGCAAUUGGCGUUUGAAAGAAUGUUACGCAAGAAAGCUGAACUGCUUAAUGAGAAACUCAAUCAACAAAUAAUAGCUUACGAGAAUCAAUUGGAAAAUGAAUCGAAAGCCAACGUACCCGACGGCUACGUGGUGGUUAAAAAUGAAUCUUUGCAAUCGAUCAUUAAGGAACGCAAUGAUUUUCAAAAAAUUAUCAAACCAAGCAGUGCUGCUUCUACACCACGAAAGAAUAUCAAUAUAUGUUUGAAUAAGGAAGCUACUCUAGGUCACCAUCAGCAGACCUAUAUCAAUGUUCAUGACGACGACGACGACGGUGAGGAAACUGAAAACGAAUCAAACGAUCCGGAACGUCAAGUGCAUCUCAAUUCGCCGGUAAACGGUGUAACAGCAAAUCUGAUUAUAACACAAAAAGAAACACGAAAAGCGUUAAAAGUACGUAAAGUGAAGAGCGAAAUGAAAUAUGCUGAGCCCCCCACAGUUAAGGAGUCAGCGAAAAAGAAAGAAUCCAAAUCUGAUCACGAGCUUACCAACGAAACUGAUUUCCAGUUAUCGGCUGUACAUUUUGAAACGAAUAUCGGCGAUACUAUGAGCAAUAGCAUUACUGAUAGCAGCCGCAGUCAGAAUUCUUCGAAAACACUGACAAAUGCUCCGGUGCAACCCCACAAAGACAAAAGGGCUAAUUACGUUCAUAGUAAUAAUACGAAUAACAGUAAUAAUAAUAGUAACAAUAACGCCAUCAAUAAUAACGUUGCGAAUGGUAAAAACAAUCUUUUUGAAAGUCUUACCAAAUUCGAAUUGGAUGAGAUCUCGAUACCAACAACACGCAGCAUUAGCAGUGAUAUAUGUUCCAGUGAUUCAGACACCUUGCGCGACGAUAACGAAUAUCAGCCAAUGAAAGUGUUUAUACGACGUGCGAAACCGAUGCCCUUGACACCGAUGCCACAGAAUCAACAUCAUGAUAUUUUUGACCCGAAUUUUGAUGAGGCAGAGUUUACUAAAAGCGUCAAGUCUCCGCGUUCAUUGUUUCUCGGAUUGUGCAAUGAAUAGUACGAAAAUUACAUAUAUAGGACGGUUGUGUGUGUUUCUUAUAUAGGAUCAUUUCGUGUCCGUCUACCCUUUAUUUUUCUAUAGAAACUUAGCUUAAAUUACUUUCUUAUAUAUCUAUUUUUUUCUUUCCCCCACUUUCCUUUCUAUCAGCUUGAGGGUUACGCGAUUAUUUGCAAUAAUUAUCAGAAGUUUCCUAAAUUCUUCGUCGUAGAAAGGAACCUACUCAUCUACAUAUACAUAU